UUUUAAAUAGAUUCUGGAUAAUACUAAUCUUUAAUCCCUUGCUGUUUUUCAAUCGUUUGCCACUGGAUCUAUGGAGAACACCGAAGAGGGUUUUGUUGGGCGCUUGCAAGCUGAUCCAUCCGCUAAAAAUUCCAACACCCACAACAACAACAACAAUAAAAAUAUUACUAAUAACAAUAAUAAUGCGCACCCACUUCAAUCCCAAGCUCCUCAGCCGCCACCGAGGUAUGGCGCAUACCCAUCCGCUACAAAUGCAUUCAGUGUAAAACGAGAGCCAUCCCCAUCUGCGUCUCCAUCCCCAUCUUCUAUGUCCUCUGGGAGAUCCACUGCGUCCCAUUCAGUUGAUGUACAAAUGCAGGACUCUGCCUCCUCAGCAAUGUUUAGUACUGAUGUGAACAAAAUGCCUGACAUGCCCCCCCGCAAAAGUGGCCACAGAAGGGCACAUUCUGAGAUUGCUGUUCGCCUUCCUGAUGAUAUAAGCUUUGACCGUGAGCUGGGUGUUGUGGGUUCAGAUUGUCCCACACUUUCAGAUGAAGCCGAGGAUGAUCUCUUCUCCAUGUACAUUGAUAUGGACAAAUUCACUUCAUUUUCCAAUUCUCCAUCACAGCCACUGUCUGCUGCUCCUGCAUCAAGAUCUGGUUCAGAAGGAGGUCCAGCGCUUCCCCCACAACCCAGCCAUCACUCGAGAAGUCUGUCUAUGGAUGGAGGGUUUUCUGGUUUUCAGAGCAACAAUGGUGCAUUUGGUGGUGGUACUGCUAAUUCUGCUGAUAGACCUCGUGUUCGGCAUCAACACAGUCAGUCCAUGGAUGGGUUUACAUCCAUUAAACCUGAGCUUCUCGGAUCUUCUGGGGGGGAACAAUCGUUGGCGGAGACAAAGAAGGCAAUGUCAGCUGCUAAGCUAGCUGAUCUUGCACUCAUUGAUCCUAAAAGGGCUAAGAGAAUUUGGGCAAAUCGCCAAUCAGCAGCAAGGUCUAAAGAGCGAAAGAUGAGAUAUAUAUCAGAAUUAGAAAGGAAAGUGCAAACAUUGCAAACAGAAGCUACUACUCUUUCUGCACAGUUGACCAUGUUACAGAGGGAUACAAAUGGGCUGACAACUGAAAAUAAUGAAUUGAAAUUACGAUUGCAAUCCAUGGAGCAACAGGUUCACCUGCGUGAUGCUCUGAAUGAUGCUCUAAGAGAGGAGGUACAGAGGUUGAAGCUGGCAACUGGGCAAAUGGCUAAUAAUGGGCAUGUGAUGAACUUUGGUACUUCAUCGUUUGGGCAUAAUCAACAAUACUAUCAGGUCCAGCACCAACCCUCACACACUUUAUUAGCAGCUCAUCAACUUCAACAACUUCAUUUGCAGUCACAACAAUCAGCUAUGGAGAUACGUAAUGGAGGAACUGCAUCUUCACAAGGACAUAGGGAUAACCUUUCUGACUUCAGCAUGAUUCCUGAGGGAUUACCUGUUUCCACUGGUCAGGAAGCAGGGUGUAACUUCUGAGGUUAUGGGGCCAUAAAACUUGAAUAAUCAUCAGAAUCGUGGUGCAAGUUUUAGCAGUUAAAUUAUUUUUCGAAAUUCUUUGGACCAGCAACAAUGCCUUAGUAUGUAAGGCAUGCCUCUAAGGACUUGGCCUGCUUUAGAUAUUUGGUUUUGAAAAUAUGCGAACUUUAAUUUAUUAUCUUCUCUAUCCCAUUCUUUGUUGGGCAUCUCUGUUAAGCACAUUUGGACUUUUACUUGGUUAAAGCAAGAAUUUCACCUGCAGCUUGCAGAGAUGCAGGUUGAAAAUCCUUGUAUGUUGGCAUUUGAUAGUUUCAAAAGCUUAAGACUUUAUCAUCAAUGCUUGAUGCCCUGACCCUGAAAUUGUAUUCUUUUCCUUCUGAAGUUUAAUCCUAUGGGCAAUAAUUUGAAAGCAUC